AUGCAAUGCCAGUCCACCGCCGCCCCUGUUGAUCUCCGUCCAACGCUGGCAGCAAAGGGAGCACCCCUCCCAGUGGUGCGGCAGUUUGCCGCCGCCCAGCGCUUCUUCGAACACGGCUGCGACUUUCUCUACUCGGCCGAGGCGCUCCGCCACCACCCCCGGAACGAGCAUGUCCCCGAAAUCGUCGUCCUCGGCGCCUCCAACGUCGGCAAGUCGUCCUUUCUCAACGCCCUCGUUGGCAGGGAGGGCCGCGCAAAGGUCGGCCAACGCCCCGGCAAGACGAAGCUCAUGAACGCCUUCGGCGUCGGGCCCCGCCUGAUCCUUGUCGACACGCCCGGCUACGGCUAUCGGAGCCAGGCGGCCUGGGGCGCCGAGAUCCUCAAGUACCUUGAGAUGCGCCAGCGGCUCCGCGGCGCCGUCGUCCUACUGUCCUUGAUCAAGCGCCAACCGUCUCCCGAGGACCUGUGGGUGCUGAGGGCCCUCGCCGAGCUCAACACGCGUACCCUCGUCGUCGUGACAAAGGCCGACCGGCAGCGCCCCGCCGAGUGGCCACUCGUCUGCAGCCGCAUGGCCGACGCGGUGCUGCACGAGAUGGACUCGCUCGACGAGACCGUCUGCGGCUACCGCUGGAGGGCGGCCGUCGCGGGCGCCGAGUCGGACGUCUACGUCACCGCCGCCGGCAUGGACGUCGAUGGCAAGCUCGGCAAUGGGGCCGGCAUGGGAGGUGUGCGCGCCGCCAUUCUGCAGAUGGCUGGCUUCGAUGUGCGUGCCGAGGUCACCAAGACGGCCGACAAUGUCGUCUACGCCGGACCUACCGUCUCCUUUGACGACAUUCAGUGGGGAUAA